AAAUUAGGAACUGGGGGGGAAACAGGGAUUAAGGGGGAAAAUUAGAGGGGGAAAAUUAGGAAUUAAGGGGGAAUCCCUUCCCAAAAAUCCUUAGGGGGGGUCGAGCUGUACCCCAGUUUUGGGGUCCCCCCCCUUUGUGGCCCCCAGAUCCUAACCUGGAGCUGUUGGAAUUUCAGGGAUUGGGGGGGAAUCUCUUCCCAAAGAACCCGUCGGCACCGGGACGAGCUCGGAAAACCGGGAUAAGAUGCAGGAGAGCUACGAGAGCGUCAUUUCCUUGGCCGAGGAAAUCGCCAUCAGUUGGCCGCGGAUCACCGCCUUCGCCGAGUCCCACCGGAGACGCGGCCUCGGGGCCGAUGAUGGUUUGUUGACCGACAACGAGGAGGAGGAGCCUCCCCCGGGCGAGCUGGAGAAGGUGGACGCCGCAGCCGCCACGGCCUCGGCGGCCAAACCCAAGCCCACGGCCAACCCGCCCAACGCCGAGGGCUCCAAACCCGGCGAGGCCCCCCAGAAACCCGACCCCCAGCCCCGCAAAGCCGCGGGGAAGCGCCAGAGCAAGUCGGGACCCCGCGGCUUCAAGAAGUUCCCGCCGCGGAGCCUCCUGGGCCACGGGCGGUGCCACGACUGCGGCAAAGCUUUGGCGUUCGGCUCCGCCUUCCCCAAGCGCCGGCGCGGGACGGAACGGCCCCACAAGUGCCCGGAGUGCGGGAAGUGCUUCCGGCUGAGCUCCACCCUCAUCACCCACCAGCGGCGCCACGCCGGCGACAAACCCUACAAGUGCCCCGACUGCGGCAAGACCUUCAGCGUCGGCUCGGCCUUCAUCCAGCACCAGCGCGUCCACGCCGGCGCCGGCGCCGCGCCCUGCCAGUGCGCCGUCUGUGGCAAGAGCUUCCCGGCCAGCGCCGGGCUGGUGAAGCACCAGAAGCUCCACCUGGAGGAGAAGCCCUACAAAUGCGGCGACUGCGGGAAGGGCUUCAACUGGAACUCCCACCUGGAGCGGCACCGGCGCAUCCACACCGGCGAGAAGCCCUACGCCUGCCCCGAGUGCGGCAAGAGCUUCAGCUGGAGCUCCCACCUCGACCGGCACCGCCGCACCCACGCCGCCGAGAAGCCCUACAAGUGCGGGGAGUGCGGGAAGGGCUUCGGCGCCGACGCGGCGCUGGCGAAGCACCGGCAGAGCCACGCGGGUGCCGCCAAGCCCUACGAGUGCGGGGAGUGCGGGAAGAGCUUCGCCUGGAGCUCCCACCUCGACCGGCACCGGCGCAUCCACAUGGGCGAGAAGCCGUUCCGCUGCGGCGACUGCGGCAAGAGCUUCUCCCAGAGCUCCCACCUGGAGCGGCACCAGCGCGUCCAUGCCAGUGCCGAGCAGCCGCGCCGGUGCUGCGACUGCGGGAAGAGCUUCCUGGCGUCGCCCGCCAAGCGCCGGCGGCUCUUGGGCACCGAAAGACCCUCCAAGUGCGGCGAGUGCGGGAAGAGCUUCCCGUGGGCGCCGCGGGCAGCGCCGGAGAGGAGCCACAAGUGCAGCGAGUGCGGGAAGAGCUUCUCGGCGCGGGCGGAGGGCGCGGUGAGGCACCAGGGCACGCAGACCGGCGAGAAGCCGUACGCCUGCCCCGAGUGCGGGAAGAGCUUCGGGCAGAACUCGGCGCUGGUGAAGCACCGGCGGAUGCACACGGGGGAGAAGCCCUACGAGUGCGGGGACUGCGGGAAGAGCUUCGGCGUCCGCUCCAACCUCAUCAAGCACCAGCGGACGCACCUCGGCGAGAAGCCCUACAAGUGCCCCGAGUGCGGCAAGGGCUUCAUCCAGAAGUCCGACCUCACCAAGCACCGGCGGAUGCACACCGGGGAGAAGCCCUACGAGUGCAACGUGUGCGGGAAGUGCUUCAGCGUCUCCUCCAACCUCAUCAAGCACCAGCGCAUCCACCUGGGUGAGAAGCCCUACCAGUGCUCCGAGUGCGGCAAGAGCUUCAUCCAGCGCUCCGAGCUCACC